AUACGAGAUCACUUUGAGAACACAAUCAGCUUAAGAUGUACACAGCUGCCUGUUGAUCUACGAAAAGCAUAAAGAAGGCUUGUUUCACCUUUGAUCCCCUUUUUAAUGCACAAACUCUUUAAAUGCAUUAGAAAGUGGUGCUUUUUUUCUCCUGCAUCCAGUGGCAUGAAAUUCAAGAACCAAUGUUCCAACAGUAUUUUAACAAGUGUCUUAACAGGACUCAUCAUUGAGCCCUAAUUGUGUUGAAUAAGCUGUGGAAACAUUACCUCUAAUGUAGUUGCGUGCUGUGUGGAAACACGUGGGCUUGUCAGGAUUCCAGCACAGUGCGUUGUUGGAGGUUACUCAGUUCUACACGUGAAUAGCCUCAUUACAAACAGUGCAAAUCCUACUUGGAGUCUGUGGUUUCAUGUCACUUUAAGCUGUUGCUUUUUUUUUUCUAGGUUAAUCUCCCUUCAUCCUUCCUGGGACUUCUUCCUUCAUCAGGCUUGUAACAUGACCACACAUAUACUUGUGCUGAUACAAGGAGUUCACAGGAAUGUGUGGCUUGGGUAGAAUCAGACUCACAAGUGGGCUGGGUUGCAAGGGACCCUAGCGAUCAUCUAGUUCCAGCCCCCCUGCCAUGGACGUGGCUAACAAGGGAAGUUGUAGCUGUUCGUACUAUAAGUUUAUAUUUAUUUUGAAGUAGCAAUCUCAUAGAUUUGUUCCUUCAAAUCUUUAAUUUCAUGUCUGCUUUCUACAUAGUCUCUCUUGAAUUAACAUUAAAGUUGUUACUGAACAGUCCUCUUGGUUACACCUCCAUCCUGGAUAUUACUUUGAGAUGAACAAUUCAAACCCAAAAAUUUUGUUUUUGCUGAAACCUAGAAGUUCUUUUAAAAAUGGGAAAUUAAUCUAGUUUGAGGGGUAAGAAAGUAAUUACUCUUCUGUGGUAGAGUUUAAUGAUUUUGCUGUGCAGGUUAAAUUAAUGAAUUGUCCACGAUCAUAAGACCUGGGACAGCAAGCUAGAAGUGAUACAAUAUAGAGAACACCAGCUUAAAUAAAUGUCAGCUGUACAGACUUGAAAAGCAGAAAGAAAGAUUAACUUUGUCAACAGCAGUCUAGUGGCCGUAUGGCUGACAGAUGAGAUGAUGAUGAUGAUUCGAAAUAUCCAGAAGGAACACAGGUUUUUUGUGAUUAAUUGCUUACAGCAGAUGGAUGAGGUAUGCGAGGACAUGACUGACUAAGGUUCCUGAGCCUAGACCAAUCACAAAAUGGUACCUGGUCUGGUAUGUGUCAGCCAUGAAGGGUUAUUAGACAACAAAGAGAUGAGAAAUAUUCAGGUAUAGCUUUGGAAGUGAUGGGGCUAAUGCCUGAACUCAGCAUAUAACUUUAAUAAUGAUCAGUGCUUAAGUCUGUGCCUGAUGCUUGGUAUGAAAUAAUAAAAAAACCAUGAAGGCAAUAAUAAUAACCAAACAGGAUCUCAGUUGUUCAGCUCUUGAUGCUGAAUUAUGAGGCCUUCACUAGACAGUCCUUGAUCAGUGAUUGGUCCUGGGUUUUCCUGUAUUUCUACUCAAGAAAACUAUCCUGAACUGAAGUGCUGAGUGAAGAAGUCUGGGCCCAGAAAGAAGCGGGAUGAGAAACAAAUUCUGGAGAGGGCAACAACUGAGUAGCUGCUCUCAGACCCCAUUAGUAGGCUGCAUUACCUGCAAGUGUCACAAGGGUGGAGGGAGGCAAAUUCAAAACAUGAGUCGGAAGGUGAAGGUACUUGAUGUUACAGUAGACUGCUUAAUAACUCUUCUGAGGGGUAUGUUGCUCUUAAGCCAUGUUUAAAGGAUAACUAGAGAGGGGUUCCACACAUUUGACACAAAAAAGGUCUGCUCUGAUCUUUUGUUCUUGGAUCAUGCUUGGGAGCCUUCAGCAUUCAGCCACUCCAAUAUGAUUGUGGUGAUCCAAGGCAUUGCAGUCUGCCAGAUGCUCCUUGUUCCCUGUCCCUCUGCAGAGCACCAUCUGUAUCAUAUGCUACAGGAGGGAACUUAUGCUCAUACCUUCUUCAUCAAUUUAAGAGUUGUCCUGAGUCUGACUAACACCACUUGUGCAAAUCUUUGGAUGAAAGAAAUCAUUGGAGUUCUAAGCUCUUAAUAUAUAUUACUUAUUGUACUUUAAAACAGUCAUCUCACUAGGUAGGAAUUAACAUUCCAAAGCCCAUAGGGUGGAUACCUUUUCCUACAUGUAUAUAUAAAAGUCAUCAAGUGACCUGCCUCAGAAGAAGGACAGCUGAGUACAGGUCUCCCGGGACAGCUGAGGAGAGCCAUCACCAUGAUCCCCACACUGCUGUUGCUGGGUCUUUCAGCUCUUGUUGGUGAGACAGCUCCCUCUGUGAGUUCCAGUUGCUAUGGCGAUGUAAGAGCUGUACAAGUCCCCAUGGUCUCCUGUACAAGAGAUCCUGCAAGAUCCUCUGAUUGUGGAUAUGCCAUGAUACAAAGGACUGCAGAGCCAGACCUCAUACGCCUGAGGAGAUACGAGAUCCCAAUUAAGAGAGUAGCCAGAAACCUGUGCUUGGACCCAGCGCUCAUCGGUGCCGUCAUGUCCCAGGACAGCCGUGUCGGCCUGCUCCUGGACAACGGCUGGGACCAGGGACGGCAGAAGUACGGCCUGAUGCAGAUCAGCAGGCAACUGCAACCUUUUGCGGCGUGGGAUAGUGAAGAACACAUAAAUCAAGGCUCAAAUAUGCUGGUUCUUUCCCUUAAUGAAGUACGGGCAAGACAUCCUACCUGGACUUGGGACCGACAGCUGAGAGGGGGAAUCUGCACCUACCAUGCAAGAAUGGGCAACCUCCCUGUCUACGAGGCAGACCCAUGCAUCAGAGACUACAGCUACGCCAACAACGUGAUUAGGCGAGCCCAGUACUUUAAGAGAAAUGGGUUCUAGGUCGUAAACCCACCGAGCCUCCCCUCUGCAGACUGGCCCAGCAGUGAUAGUAGUACCCAGAGCAGUUCCUCAGUCUCCUGGCAGGACUGAUGCUGGUGGCAUUACCAAUGCCACCUUGCCGGCUCCAGCAAAUUCCAGCCCCCAGCUCGCUGAUGGGCAAGAUCAGCACUGCCUUCCAGGAGACCCUCCAAGGAUGAGAUCCCGCAAGCUUCAGGGCCUUUGAAAGGCAGAUGGGGACAGACCAGUUCAAUAUUUAAAUUAUGAGCGAGGACGGUGACUCUUCCCGUUCAGAGCUGCACCUCAGGGCGGUUUGUGCAUCUCCCAGACAUGGAGACAAACAGAUCUCCCUGGGCAUCAGCUGUGCUAUCCCCAUCUGCGUCCACCUCCUUCCUUCUCCAUGGCCAAUGCAGGGGAUGAACACCCUGUUUUCCUUCCCUUGGUGCUGCUGGCUAAGGAGCAAUGAAGAGACUUCUCGAGGUAAACUGAACGUCAGCCUUGUCCACCUUGCAGAUCACAGGAGUUCAAACUGGAUACUCCUCUGGAUUUGUCAGCUUUCCCCUGCUUCUAGUGGAGAAGUUCCUCUAAAAGCUCUUCAAUUUCCAGUGACACAGGUUGUCUAUGCCACAGCUCAGGUGCAGCCUGCCCCUUCUAUGCUGCACCUCUCAUCCACAUUUUGUCAGUUCCUCACAUGUCUCAACCAUCUACAAAUCCCUGCAUUUCCCUAUGAAGGAAAGGCUGUCAGCUUGCAGCCUCAGGACACAGACCUUCUUCCAGCAUCCACAGCACUGUGCCAUCCUAACAUGGGCUGGGUAACCUCUCACAGCUUAAAUGGGCUUGAUUGCCUUGGGAAGCUUAUGACAGCUUUCUCCCCUGAAAGCGUAACUAGGAUCAUUCAUUUCUUAUGCACCCUUUAUUAAGCUAAUUAGCAAUUAGGAGAAAUGUUCAAGAGCAUGAUGAAACCCACACAGUGAGGAUGUGGCUGACCUGAGACUCUACUGCUGCAGCCCACAGUCUUCCACAAACACUCAUUUUCCAAGAAAUGGAAAGGUUUCUUGUUUCAAAGCAGGCAAGGAGAAAUUUGACUAAUUUCUGUCCUUUAAAUCAGGUUUUAUUUUAUUAAUUCCCUGCUUAUUCAGCCACCUCUUAGCUGAUUCAGAUCAAGAAACUAGCAAAGUUUUCAAAGGGGUUUGGGUGUUGGCAUGGUUACAGAAAUCAGAAUUAUAGAUUCCUGUCAUAAUAAUAUAAAUCCUGGCAGCAUAUUUUUUCCUUUCCUCUAGAAAUGAAGACAAACUCUAAAAAGGCACAGCUGCAUGCCUGAGCCAUAAAUGCCAUAUAGAGGACCAGAUUAUCCCACAGAUGUUUGCCCUGAAACAUUUAAUUGCCAUUUAAUUCUUCCUUCCUGUCAGACACAGGAGAGGAAAGAGUAGCUGGUACUAGAUCUGGUCCAGUGCCCUGCAGCCUGGAUUCUGGGUAAACCAAACUGUCCCUUCCCUGCAACUCUUGUGAUCAACGAAGAGCUGUUUGCUAAUUGAUAAUGGAUAUUGAAUGGAUUGUUGUGGCCCUUGCUAUAUCUGCUAUAGGUGGAUGUCAUACACUUACCAUAUGUACAAAAUAUUUCAGUAGCAGGGCUGUCAGGUUGCUCUGUAUGGAGGCUGAAGAGCUAGCUGUGUAUAAAUAAAGUCCCAGAGAAUUCAGGUGAAACUGUCUAGGUGUGGCAAAGGAGGUUUGUACAGAGAAUAUGGACAGAGAAUAAAGUUGUUAAUGGUGAAAGUGCUUCAAUUACUGUGAUGUAGAAGAAGCAAACUAGUAUAUCCUUUAUGUUUCUGCCCCAGAAAUAAAGGAACAGUAGCACAGACCAUUUGGAGAUUACUAGUUUGUGAAUCACCUUUGGUGGUAUUUUUAAUUUUUUUAAUGUUACUUGUUUUGAGCCACAUCUGUUCUAUUCUCCUUCCUGCCAGAUGUGCUUGCCUCUGUUUCAAACUUCUUUACACUCAGUCAUAAUUGUGAAUGUGAAGAGCCCCAUGCCUGAGCUGCUGUGAUUUUUUGCAGCUGGUUCCCUAUGGGAGGUAUCAACAGUACAGCAAAAACUUACAGAAUCUCUCAGUGCAAUGACAGGGGACGAAUUCCCCCGCUAAAAAUGUAAAAGAGCUGCUGAAAGAGCAAAACAGCAUUUCACACCCACAAAAUCUACCAUGGGGGAGAAGCGGGUCAGGAUACAUUCUGCCGCGGGAGUUCUGCCAUCCGGUGGCUGUUUUCCUUACUGCUGCACAGCUACAGUAGCUUUGAAAUCCAUCCUCACUGCCUGCUAAUUUGGGGUUGUUGACCUUUGUUGUCUCUGUGCAAGAGGGGAUAAAAACAGGGGCCUGGUACAGUCUCUGCAUAUCCGAAUUCUCAGCAGUUGCAGCUCUGGUCAUGUUAUUGUUCCUGGAACUUUGCCUGCAAAAAUUCGAUUAAAUCCAGAAGCACAUUUUCCCAUUGUCAGCGUGCUACUGCUUCCAAGAACUGAAGAGGAGCAGUUGUUUUCAGACAAGGUUCCUCCUAGUUCCAAACUGUUAGUAAUGGGACUUUAAAUUAAAGCUGUUUCAUGUUUUAAAUUCUAAUUGUGUUUUUGCUGCAGAGCAGAAUCCCUGUUAUGUUUGGGAGGAUGCACAAGUUGUUAGGUGUUUCUGUUUCUCGUAAGACCAGUGGGGGUGGGAAGUGCACUGAGCCAGAUGUUCCAGAACACUUCCAGCAGAUAGGAAAGCCCAUUUGUCUCCAGGAAGCACGUUGAGAAUGUGGGGAGACAUCCUGCAGCAAACAUGUCAGGUCUAUGAUCUUUGUUUAAUAUUCUUGUAAAUGAUGCACUGUACCAAAGUCUGUUUUCCAUUAGGUGUUAGCAUUGUUCCUCUCAGUUGAUGUUUGUGUGUUUUCCCUCCUGCAAUGGUGUGUUAAGACAACAGAUAAAUGCAGAUAAAUUGCAAGUCAAACAAUCUGCAAGUCAGAUAAAUUGUAAUGGGUGUAAUUGAAGGAUGCUUCUCUUUUAUUUUCUUGUGCUAUGGAAAAGCAAACUGGAGCCAGUAAA